AUCACGGUGAGUGUCUGUUAUGUUGCCAAAUUGUGUUUUUCCUCAUUUCCCAGAGAAUUCCCUCCAAAAGUGAGGUUAUGUUUAUUUGUCAAGAGGGCAGGAAAAUCUCUUGCAAUUGUGUCGAUUUUUGCCAUUCACGAGCUAAUUUAAUUAGAAAAUUCUAGAUUGUUAUGCAAAUUAGUGAUCUGUGUGAGGGAGUUUUGUGACAAAGAAUCACAGAAAAAUCUGUGGUAAAUCGCAGACUCGGUUGGGUUUUAUUUUAGUGUUUCGGGAGUUUUUGAACAGAUGAACAUGCCAGACAGACAAGUGCUCUCCUUCCAUGAAAGCCUCCUGCGGGAAUCAGAUAUUGAUCUCCUGAGAGGCCCACAUUGGCUCAAUGACCAGAUAAUCUCCUUCUACUUUGAAUAUCUCGAGAAAGUGAUCUACAAGGACAUCGAGGAGUUCCUCUUUGUGUCUCCGGAAGUGACUCAGUGCCUGAAAAUUGUCUCAAGGAAUGAGGCUAGUAUCUUUCUCUCCCCCCUAAAAGCCACACAGAGGGAUCUCAUAUUUUUCGCGUUGAAUGACAAUGAGAAUACCUCAGCUGGAGGAUCACAUUGGAGUCUUCUGGUUCUCUCAAGACCCGAAAACACCUUUUUUCACUUUGACUCAUCCUCUGGGAGCAAUUUGAGCAGCAGUAGGGUAUUCUUUAGUCGCCUGCGAGAGCCCCUGGGGUGUCCGGAUGCCGAUCUGCAGCAGCACAAGUGCCUGCAGCAAUCAAAUGGCUAUGACUGUGGAAUCCAUCUGAUUUGUGUCACUGACCAGGUGGCCGAAUAUGCUCGACGAACGGAUAGAGUUAGCGGAACCCCGUCAAUUUCCUAUCAACAGGUCUCUCGGAAACGGAGAGAGAUUUUAGAAAUUAUCCUGGAGCUUGGUGGAGCAAUCUAGCCGCAGUGAACAACUACCUGUACCUUCACAAAUAUUAACAAUUUAUUUAUUAAAAAAAAUCCUCGUUAAAAAUGAAUCCCAUCUCCUAAGCGACAAUUUCGGGGGCCACCCAGCCUCCGAAGGCACGCUCAAGUUCACAAGCCACAGCCAGGGACAGACGGUCCUGAUUCACAGCCGACACCACUUGCAGUCCAAUGGGAAGGCCCUCGGAGCCCAGACCCAGGGGACAGGCGGUCGCAGGGAGACCCAAGAUGUUGAUGAUGCCCGUGUAGGAGAAAUUGAGGGCCCUCACCAGGGGUUCGUAGUGAUACGGUGCCUACAAAAUGAGAUUCAAUAAAUUAUAUUUCCGGUUUAAAUUGUGUUCAAAUACUAAAUUAAAAAAAUCAAAUAAAUUUUCUGUUCAUUUAAAAAAAAA